AUGAUGGCGGCCGCUCGUCGGCACGUGGUGUGCGCCAUGUCGGGCGGGGUGGACAGCGCCGUGGCGGCGCUGCUGCUGCGGCGACGAGGAUAUGAAGUGACUGGGGUGUUCAUGAACAACUGGGACGUGGUGGAUGAAAAGGGAAUUUGUCAAGGCAAUCAAGAUUGUGAAGAUGCUUAUAAAGUGUGUCAGAUACUCAAUAUUCCAUUUCGCCAAGUUUCCUAUGUUAAAGAAUAUUGGAAUGAAGUGUUUAGCUACCUUUUAAAUGAAUACGAAGUUGGACGGACACCUAACCCUGAUAUUAUAUGUAAUAAAUACAUAAAAUUCAAUUAUUUCCUACACUAUGCAAUGGAUAACAUUGGAGCUGAUGCAAUAGGAACUGGACACUAUGCAAGGACUUCCCUGGAAGACCAUGAAGUUUUUCAGCAAAAAUACAAGCAAAGACCACCAGGACUUUUCAGAAAUAGAUUUGAAAUAAGAAACACUGUCAAACUGCUUCAGGGAGCUGAUCACAAUAAAGACCAGACCUUCUUUCUCAGCCAGAUUUCUCAAGAAGCUUUGGAGAAAACCAUUUUCCCCCUCGGAGACUUAACAAAAGACUUUGUGAAGAAGAUAGCUGCAGAACAUCAGCUUUACCAUGUGUUGAAAAAAAAAGAGAGCAUGGGCCUCUGUUUUGUUGGUAAAAGAGAUUUUUCAGAGUUUCUUCUUGAGUAUCUGCAACCACGUCCAGGAAAUUUUGUCUCCAUUGAAGAUGGCAAAGUUAUUGGAACACACCAAGGUUGCUUCUUAUAUACGUUUGGCCAGAAAGCUAAGCUAAAGAACGGCAGUAAUGCAUGGUUUGUCGUAGAUAAAAAUAUAGCCUCUGGGGAAGUUUUUGUGGCGCCCGGCAGGGAUCACCCUGCGCUCUACAGGGAUCUUUUACGGACAAGCAGAGUGCACUGGAUCGCUGAGGAUCCACCUGCAGAACUCAUUCACAACAAAAUGAUGGAGUGUAAUUUCCGCUUCGUACACUUGAUGGCGCUAGUACCUUGUACGUUAACCCUAAAUCAAGAUGGAUCAGUGUGGUUGACUCUCGCUAAGCCAAUCAGGGAUCUUACAGCAGGGCAGUUUGCUGUUUUCUACAAGGGAGAUGAAUGCCUAGGCAGUGGCAUGAUUCUGAGACUGGGGCCUUCGGUUUUUACUUUGCAACAGGGCAAGAACAGAGAGACUACCGGUGUGAACAUAACAGCUGACGAGGUCACAGUACAGCCGACCAAAUGACUUCUUGCUUUUUAAAAACCAACCAGAGGAUGUUUUUUUUUUUUAAAAAAAACAACAACAACUAGUUAAUCAAAAGCUUUGGAAUGAUCAUCAGAUACAUGAAUGCUCAUCUGGAUGUGUUUGGAAUUUAUCUGAAAAA